CCUGGGCUCUCGCACGUCCGGGCUGGGGCGGUCAGGCUGGACGUUGCUUGGGAAGUAGCUCCGGGUUGCAGGGCAGGGACGCGCCCUUCCCCCGCGGCAAACUUUCAGUCGCUGCGACGGAAGCAGGAACUUGAUCACGACAAAAUCUGCGGGGCCGUUGGGGAAACGGCGGAGCAUCCCCAGCGAUCCUCCCCAGCCCCUUGCGCUGCUUCACCGGUCCUUUGCAAAAGCGCCCUGGACGCCCAAGCGCCACGGGGACCAAAGAGGCGCUGGCAGAGAAAAAGCAGCCUAUACAGCCUUCCUGAAGUAAACUGAGACCAGCAGGGUCACCCUUAACCUCUGAAGAGAGACCAGGACUAAGCAAGAGUUCAGAAUGGUCUUCGGGGGAGAGAGGUUGGCUUCCGCGUUGGUGGUGAUUUGCCUCCUGGCACCAAGGCUGUCUGCUGGUCAGAACUGCCUCACAGAGAGUCUGGAGGAUGUCGUCAUUGACAUCCAGCUUUCUCUCUCGAAAGGCAUCAGAGGCAAUGAGCCCACAUAUGCCGCAGCUCGCGGAGACUGCAUCAGUGCCUGCUGCUCAACACACAACAUAGCAGGGGACAAAUCGUGUAAUUUGAUGAUCUUCGACACCCGGAAGCCAGACAGACAGCCCAACUGCUACCUGUUUUUCUGUCCCAGUGAGGAAGCCUGUCCACUGAAGCCAGCAAAGGGCCUUGUGAGCUACAGGCUCAUCAGAGAUUUUCCACAGACCACAGCUAAUUCAGAGCCCCAGAAGUCAAUACAAGAAGAAUCUCUAUUACUUGGCCAUACGCCAUCAGCGGUCACUCCCCGGGUCCCUCCCGGAACAGGUGACCCAAAGCCCACCAGCCUGUACUGGGGAGGUGUGUCUCCUCAGAAGCCCACGGCCUCAGCUCACGCGCAGAAACUCAUCAAGACCGACGAAGCAAGCACACAGCUCCCUGUUGGUAGAGAAAAAAGCCGUUAUCAGAGUUCACAGCCUUCCUCGGACCUGAAAACGGCUCCUCCGCUCCCUGAAAAGGUGACUACCUCCCCUGCCACCGUAGCCGAUGCUUCCCCGGAGAAGGUCUCUGCCACUCUGAGGCCUGCGCUCCCGUCGGCCAGCGCUCCAGUGACACCUUUGCAGCAGACAGUGGCCGCCGCAGCUCGGCCUCUCCCCACUGCGACCUCGAAGCCCCCAGCAGCCGCCGUGACCACAAGCUUUACACACGUGGUUGCACACCAGGCGGCCUUGGCUACCGUCUUUCAGGCACCUACAGACUCGAAAGGCAUCUUAGAAACAGUGCCCGUUCGAGCGGGUGCCGAGCUGAGUUCGGACAUAGGGCUCGGGAAGGGCCCUGCGGUGCUUCCCUUGUCAACGCCGGAGUCUUCCAUAACCAACCAGACUGCCUCCCGGGAGGAUGGGAGGGUUAGCGCGAACAGCGCAACCCUGAGCAGGGCUCCGAAAAACCAGCGUGGCCUUUCAUUUGAGAAGUGGCUUCUCAUGGGGACCCUCCUCUCUGGUGUUCUGUUCCUAGUUAUAGGCCUCGUCCUCUUGGGUAGGAUGCUGGUAGAAUCCCUCCGCAGGAAACGAUAUUCAAGACUUGAUUACCUGAUCAAUGGGAUCUAUGUUGACAUCUAAAGACCAAUUAGACUUUUUUUUUUUUUUUUUAGUUUGUGUAAGAACUUGUUGCCAAAUGCACCUCUGUUCCUUCUGCCUAGCCCAUGUCAGCAGGAACUGUAUCUUGAAAAACGCCCCCACUAUUUUUCUUCUUUCUCUUUUCCUUCUGAAACAGGCUCAGGUAGCCCAGGCUGGUCUUGAACUCCUGAUCUUCCUGUCUCUGGCUCCCGAGUUCAGGGAUUGCACUAACAUGUCUGGCUUGUUUUGGUUUGUUUUGUUUUGGUUUGGGUUUUGGUUUUUCGAGACAGGGAACAGUCCUGGCUGUUCUGGAAUUCACUUUGUGGACAGGCUGGCCUCUAGUGUACAGAGAUUUCCCCCUGCCUCUGUCUUCCAAAUGCUGGGAUUAAAGGCCUUACUCCUGGUCCAUGUCUGGAAUUUUUUUUUUUCCAUCACUAGAGGACGGGGCCUUCUGCAUGCUAAGCAAGCAGUCUACCCCUCAGCCACAACCGGAACCCAACCAUUUUCUUUUUGUUUGGCUUUUGGGGGUUUUGUUUGUUUGUUUUGUAUUGUUUUUAAGAAGAAUAGAAAGGAUUUUAAAAACUAGGUUAGGUUAUUGCGUGAUCUAUUUGUAAAAUAGUAGCUAAAAAUAAUUCCUAAGUAAAAUAUUAAGUAUACUUGAUAUAAACUAGGAACAUGAAUCUGGCUUUAAAUUAAACAAAACAAACAAACAAAACUCCGUAAGUUUAGGACAUCUGAGUUGCAAGUCAUUACAACUUCUCAUUCCAGAUAAUGGCAACUGUUUGAUACUAGUUUUUAAUGGAUGCUCUUUUCUUUUUUUAUAUGAAUUCCAAUAAAACUCAUUCCAGAUGUAUUUCUCUCCAAUUAAAUAUUUGAAUAAAUCUCUUGUUACUCAA